AUGGCUUCUUUCUUUUCAGAUACCCUUUCAAGCCACCGGUUUCAUCUUUUUGCGACAGCUGUGCUGUCGGGCGCAACCGUUGCACUCAUUCUAGGAUAUCAGGGCCGGGAGCGAGAGCAAAGACUUUCUGAGCUCAAGAGAUCUAUACCCUCUCCGGGAGAUGGCGUUCAUCAUACGAAUCAAUUGAACGAUUUUGGAGCGUCUUCAGAGUCAGCAGUCGAUAAGGAAGAUGCUCGCAACCAGGCUCUCAGCAGAAGGGCAUUAGCCGGAGAUUUCGAUGAGGAACUCAUUCUCGAACAGCUCGCUCGGAACAGGGUCUUUCUCACUCCUAAGGGGCUCGCGAAAUUGCGCGACUCAUUUGUCAUCGUAGUUGGCUGCGGUGGUGUCGGAUCGCAUUGCGCUGCGUCACUUGCGCGCUCCGGCGUGAGCAAGAUCCGGCUUGUUGAUUUUGAUCAAGUCACGCUGAGCUCCCUGAACAGACAUGCUGUUGCUACAUUGGCGGAUGUUGGUAUUCCAAAGGUUCACUGUCUUCAGCGGCGACUGAUUGCUAUCGCACCGUGGGUCAAGUUUGAUCUACAGCAAGAAAAGUUCGAUGGGUCUGUAGCAUCGCGGAUGCUAGGGGCUUGGGGAGAUGGACGACAGCCCGACUUCAUCAUUGAUGCUAUCGAUAACAUUGAUACCAAAGUCGAGUUGCUGAAAUACUGUUACGACCACAAGCUGCCAGUGAUCAGCGCAAUGGGAGCUGGUUGCAAGAGUGAUCCCACUAGGAUUAUCAUUGGCGACAUUGGUGCAAGUCGCGAUGAUGGCCUAUCGCGGGCAACAAGACGACGUCUUAAACUACUCGGCAUCACCAGCGGCAUCCCCGCGGUAUAUUCAACAGAGCAAUCCGGAGAAGGCAAGGCAGAGUUGCUUCCCCUCCCCGAGGAAGAGUUUCAAAAAGGGGUGGGUGAUCUCAGCGUGAUGCCCAACUUCAGGGUCAGAAUACUACCCGUGCUAGGAACUAUGCCUGCUAUUUUUGGGCUCACAGCGGCAAAUCAUGUCAUUCUCAGCAUUACGGGCUAUCCACUAAAUUAUGUCCCAGCCAAGGGACGAGAGAAAAUGUACGAAGGAAUGAUGACCUAUGUCCAAGGCUCCGAGGACAGACUUGCACGAAUGUUGGGCUUAGAUACAGUCGGCCUGAAGACCCCUCUCACCUCUGGUGACGUGGCCUUUCUUGCAGAAGAGCUGUAUCAUGGACGCAGCGCUGUCAGUGGCAUAUCGACAAAACUGGUUCUGACUCGUUGGCAGCGACCAGAGGACACAAACAUGAGUGUCAUCGGAGAGGGUAAGGACAUCCAAAAAUGCUCCACCGUGCGACUACGAGAUCUUGUAUGUAUGACCAAAGAGGAGGCAACUAGACAUGAAAAGGAGAUCUUCAAGGCCAGGAAAGCUCUUGGCGAAGUGUAUGAUCAGGAAACGAUCGACCGGAUCGAGGCAAAACUGGCGGUGGCUGCCAAGUAUGAAUCGUAUAGAUAG